AUGAAAGUAUUUGUAAUUAGUUACUUUCCACCUCUGUCAGGAAGUGGUAUUGUGAGGAACAGAAGCCCCAGAGCUGCUCUCGUGUGUGUGGUUCUGCUGUGUGUGUUUCUGCUGACUGCGGUCAUAGUGCUGUGUGUCCACAUCAAGACAAAGAGCACUAACUACACUGAAGAGACACACCAGCUACUAACCAAGAUCAACAACCUCACAGAAGAGACACACCAGCUACUAACCAAGAUCAACAACCUCACAGAAGAGACACACAAGCAAGAAACCAAGAUCAACAACCUCACAGAAGAGACACACAAGCAACAAACCAAGAUCAACAACCUCACAGAAGAGACACACAAGCAACAAACCAAGAUCAACAAACUCACAGAAGAGAGAGAUGAGCUACUUACCAGGAACAUGCAAUUGACAAAAGAGAGAGAUGGAUUAUCAUCAAGUAACCGUGACCUGAUUAGAGACAGAAACCAGUUAAAAAAGGAGAAAAAUGACCUGUCAGAAUCUCUUCGUGUAAAGGAUGGAUGGUUAUACCAUAAAUCCAGUCUUUACUUCCUUUCCACUGAGAAGAGGAGCUGGACUGAGAGCAGAAGAUACUGUACAGAGAGAGGAGCCGAUCUGAUCAUCAUAAACAACAGAGAAGAACAAGGGUUUGUUCAGAAAAAAUAUCCUAAUGAUAAAGUCUGGAUUGGUGUGACUGACAGUGAUGUGGAGGGCACGUGGAAAUGGGUUGAUGGAAGCAGACUGAACUCUGGGUUCUGGGCGUCUGGAGAGCCAAAUAGUUACAAUGGAAUUGAUGAAGAUUGUGCUGUAAAUUAUGAUACAGUAUUUGCUGAUCAUCCAUGUAAUGAUGCUUUUAAAUGGAUCUGUGAGAAGGUCAUUUUAAAAUAAGUCAAUUCAUGAACUGGUUUAGGUAAAAAAAUACAUCACGGUGUUUCCUAGUUCAA